AUGGGUAACCGCACAAGCACUCUUUUUGCAUUCCUCACUGUAGUCGCGGUAGGUUAUGCUGACCAUGGCCCAGGUCUUCACAACCGUGUCGUACGUCGCUGCGAUAAUCACACUCACUCGGGAGGCUAUGGCAGUCACACUUGGGGCCCUCUUAUGAUAACUGAUCCAAGCACUGGCUAUGCAUCCAUUCGUCAAUGUGGUGGGUACGGGGGCGAUCCUUGUAUCCCAACGGCUUCAGGAUCCCCAGUUGUCAUUUCAACAACAAAUUCCAGCUACACUUGGGUUUCGAAUAGUUCUAUCAAUGGUACCCAAGGUGCGGCAACGACCAUGGCGAUUGAAAGCUCCAGUGGAACAACAUUGGACAGCCCAGUGGGUGCUUUCAGCGGUUCUACAACGACUACGAACAACACUACUGCACAGGUAGCAAGUUCUUCCGGUAGCUCCAGUUUCAUCAACGGAAUUACAACUGACACUUUCUCAAUUUCAACAUCAGUCCCGGGAACUGCUUCGUCUGGUAAUACGACCGCAUGGGCAGAUUGGAGUCGCUCAGGAAGUGUAGGGAGAGGACCAAUCUGGACCAACACCACCAGUCAUCCUCAAGAAACCUUUUCCCAAUCAUCGGACGCAAGUGAUAGCAUGGAGACCGUAUUUAUCAUUACCACUGAUGUGACAACUCUGCCAGCACAUCUCACAAUCACACUCCACGAACCAGCGGAUACCUCAGCUAGUUCAGCUGUUGUCACAACAUCAGGGUCUGUCUCUCCAGCUGGUGGAGCUAACAGUACGUUAGCCUCGGGCGUUGUGAGCUCAGGUGCGGCUACCAGCUUCUCCAGAGAUUUUGAGCCUGUACAAGCGACUUCGAGCUCUGGCGGUUCUUCGGCCUCAACCCAGGAAGAAAGCUCUACUACCAGUUUGGAAGGAACCUCUACCACAUCAUCCACUUGGAGUUCAAGCACAGACAGCAGUACUAUCGAUGAUACCAAUACAUCAGGAUCAGCUGUAUCUUCUUCGUCGCCAUCUACCAGUAAUCCUGUCGAGUCAAUCACGAGUGCCAAUGUCACUUCCGUCGCAAUGAACACAUCAAGCACUGCGGCAGCAUCUGGGUCAGUCUACUGGGCCAACAGUACCACGUUUGCUUCUGGUGUGGUGACCUCGACAUCAUGCAGCAGCGAAAGUAGGCCAACAGAGUGGAGGGAUUGGAAUGCUACAGUCUCAUGGCCUGCGACUGUGUCCUCAAACCCAUUGGCUCCCACCGCCGCGCCCAUCACAAUUCCUAGCAUGGGCACCCAGACAAUUGUUUGCGUCAACGCAACGUGUAGCGCGCAGACAGCAGUAUCCUCAUCCAUGGUGACCAACUUGACUGCUAUCACUACCAUCGUCGGCAACAAUCCCAAUGCCUCUACCAUUUGCUUUGCGAGUGGUAGGCCCAUCAGCUGUCCGACUGCCAAUGCGCCAUGGUUGACUGCAGCUCCGACUGGAACAACGUUCUCUACUUCAAUCAUCUCAUCUGGGACGGGUGGCACCGGGGAUGGCAAUGCUACGACGACCGGGGCUCGUAUGGCGAUGCCGGUCAAGCGUGCAAUCCCACCGCAUGUGGCUUGGGCUCGGGCUAGGAUGCAGGAGUUUUACAAACAAGAGAAAGGCGGUGAAUGUGAGGAUCUGAAGUUGGAAGAAGACGAGGUGUGA